AUGUAAAUUUCCGGAAGGAUGAUCAAUGGACACUUACAUCCGAUCAUUGAAGAAAAUAUAUAUUAUUCAUAUAUUGAUAAAAAUAUGUUCAAUACAAAUGUAUAUUUCAACUAUUCACUUUUUUCCACGUGGGUGAUUAAAUACAAAACAAGUGAUUGGCACAUAUCAGUGCAUAGGACUUUGUGACAUUUUUGUUACAUGCAUAGUUGUGCAAAUAACGUAUUAGUCACAAUACAAUUUGGGAAAGUUGAUAAGGGUCAUACUGUUACAUGUACACACGUAAAAUAUAGUCCAAAUUUAAUAUUUUGAUAUCGAUUUAACAAAACAAGAUGUUAUUGGUUGUCGUUAUAAUCUAUUUCAUGAAAGUCGUUGGUGCUUGUCGAAAUUGUACACAACAGGGUUUUAUGACUAUACAAGAAUCAUGUAAAGACAGUGAUCAAAAGUUAAUCAGGGCACAGCAUCAAUUUUCUAAAGAAAACGAAACAUCGCUUUGCAAUUUUUUGUUUCAAUUUUAUUAUUGUGUCGGGGACCAUGUUCCAGCAUGUCUACAACAGAUAACAGGCAAAUAUGCAAGAUACUAUUCCUCUCCAUUUGACUGUCAUCCGACACCGGAAGUGACGUUAAAAUUACAAAAUUAUAUGAUGAAAGCGAACGAUUGCUCAAGUAAAAUUCCAAAAGACCAUGAGACAACAGUAAAAUAUAACAUCAUAACAUCGUCACAGUCCAGUCACAUGGGAAAACAUAAUUCAUUAAAUUCAACAAAUGUAGCAAUCAAAAAUGCCUCUCCUUCUGGGACAUUCCUACUGUCAUUCAGUACAAUUGUUUUGUGGUAUUUGGAUAUUUUAUGACAGGAAGUGAGAGUUAUCUGUCGCCUUGUCACGCAUCGUUGUGUUCGCUUUUAAUCAAAUAAUUCAGGAAGGAAAUGAUAAUCAGAGACUCAUCACACAGACAAAGUACCAGAUCAAGGUACCAGAUCAAAGUUCAAGAUCAGAUAUUGGGUUAAUAUGUUAGUGACACGAGACAUCCGUUAGUGUUUUCCAAUAAUUCUGCACUGAGUGUAUUAUUCUGUGAUAAAGCAGUCAAUGUUGUGGGAUAUCGAUUCCGGCAUUAAUUUGCUAUUAAAAUUACCAGUCGCAAAUGCUAAAUUACAUUAUAUGAUCAAGUUAUUUAUUGUGAUUACCAAUUUGAAUAUAAUAGUUCCGUUUUAGAUCGCUGUAUUCUGGAAUCUAAAGCAUAAGGAUUUUUUUUGGCAAAACCGUUUACCAAAGCAGAACGAUUGGUUUGAAAUGUCAUACAUAUUGCGAAUUCAACCAAUCACGACAUGGUUUUUUCGUUUGUAUAGAAGAGAUACGAUAUUAUGGCCUAUAGUUCUUUAAAUCUGAAACCGAGAAUCACAUUAAACUGAAAUUGUAACAUAGGUUCGGCUGAUUAAUUCUGUAAAUCUUCUUGUAUUUAUACUGCUCUCCAUGAUUUUUUUACACAUUUGGCUUCUCCAACUCUGCGAUAAAAUGACGAAGGUUAUUGCAU